AUGGAUAAAAGGGGCUCGUCAGGAAAUGCAAAAAGGGCAUCGCAAAAUGGCCUCUGUGGGGCCAGCUCCUUAAAGGACCUUUCCUUCAACCAGAAAUAUUUUGAGGAUGCAAACGGCAGAGAAGAGCACCUGGUUCACGGUAUGGAUUUUGAAAGUGGUCCUUUUCUCCACAAAGACGACGCCUGUGGGGCGGGAGCAACCGGCCGCCUUUGGCGAACCGAGAGCUGGGACAGUCUCUGCAGCGGCGGAAGCAAUGCCAGCACCCUGUCCCUGGCAGAGAGAGUGGAGAGGAACCGGUCGAUGCUGCAGGAAAUGUUGCAGUUUAAUAGCCAUUCUUUGCGGGAGCUGCAUACUCUGCGUCGUCACAAGAAGGAUGGCCCACGCCAUGGGAGAGAUGGGCCCAGUAACGGUAUGUGCAAUCAGGGUGAGGAGGUUUUCAGAAACCGAACAGGAUUUGCAACUUGGAUGGGUAGUAGUGGGGAGAAAUACUGUAAGAGCUCAGAAAGUACCAUAUUUUUUGUUCUAUAAGACUCACUUUUUCCCUCCUAAAAAGUAAGGGGAAAUGUGUGUGCGUCUUAUGGAGCGAAUGCAGGCUGCGCAGCUAUUACAGAAGCCAGAACAGCAAGAGGGAUUGCUGCUUUCACUGCCCAGCGAUCCCUCUUGCUGUUCUGGCUUCUGAGAUUCAGAAUAUUUUUUUUCUUGUUUUCCUCCUCCAAAAACUAGGUGCGUCUUGUGGUCCGGUGCACCUUAUAGAGUGAAAAAUACAGUAAUUGUGGGGAUGGGCUAAGAUUUUUGUCACAACAACGGCAUGUGAGAGGGGGCUGAAUAGGUUUAACCCUCCCCCCCCCCCCGCAAUAUCCCAGCAAAAAUGUCCUCUUCUCUGCUACAGUUAGCCCCAAGAAGGAAGCUUCCUCUGGCACCAAUGGGAACCAAUUUCCUGGGGAUAAUAGUAAGCACAUACUCUCUCAAGAACGAUAAGUCCCAGGAUUCCUCAGUUGCUGCUGGUAUUUUCUUUGCACUGGCAGGAGGAGCCUGCAGGUUUUGGCUGCUGGCUGGCAGCAGGAGGGAGGGACAAGUCCCAUAAUAAUCAGGGACAUUGAGGUCCCAGGGCAGUAGGAGCCAAGACUAUUAAUAGGAUUUGCAAGCCCAAGCAUAUAUGUGCGUAAAUGAGUUAGGCCUCUGGUCUUCGGAGUGCAACAGUCAUUAAAUUUGAGAGGCCAGGAGCAGUUUCUCAAGGACGUUUAUCGCCCAUGGAAUAAUUACUAUAUAUGUAUGCCAUGUCUUGCAGUCAGAUCAGACCUAAAGAAUACCAAGAGCCCAUUCUUUUCCCCCACCCAAAAAGCAGACCAGGUAUACAAGUUUGUAUAAAGCCUAGAGUAGGGUGCUUGGGUGAUGCAGAAUUGGGACACUAAGAGCAGAAUAGGGCCCAAAUCUUUGGGAGUGAGGAACACUGAAUAUAAAUAGCCUUUUCUCUGUGUGAGAUGUGUGUUUUCACACACACCAUGCUGCAUUUCAUGUGGCUAAAGUAUACACAAUAAUAACAUGUGCUUCUCUUGUCCUGUGUCUACAGAGAUUCUGGCAAAUGAUGUAGACUGGGAUUCUGGAGUUUCGUUACAAGAUUCUGAAGGCUACCGGUAAGAGUUCAGUGUCCUCAUUCCCCGGCUAAGGCAAGGAGACACACUCAAAAAAUGCUGAUAGCCAUUUCUAACUUGGGACUUCACACUGGCGUUGACUGCAUGUUUGCAGCUGUUUGUGUUCCCAUUUGAUUUGUGGUUCCCCAGAUUCUUUUAGGAAAAAGAUGUGCUUUAAAUGAUUGGUUCUAAUCCCCACCCGCCAGACUGCUUGAAUAUUGAUGAGGGUCAAUGCAGACCACUUAAUGAUUUUUCUGCCUGUUGCAGCAAUUGCAAUACACCAUGCUAGAUGGUGUACGAUUUUUAAUAGCAUUUUUAUAGCUUCUUUCAUUUCUUAUAUAUUGUAUUUUCUAGAAUUCAAAUUGUAAUGCAAUAAAAUACGAAGGAAGAAAUAAAAAUACAAUUAAAAGUCAGUGAGAACAUAUGGAUAUUCCAUCUCCCAUCUUCAGCCACAAAUCCACAGACGUGCCACAGACCGCACUUUGGGAACCGCUGCUUCAAAUUACGCUGUGGAUGCGACGAGAGAGUGGUUUGCUUAAAGGCCAUCGUAGUUGGUUUGUUGCUGAAAAUAACAGUACCGCCCCCCGGGCAGAACAUCUGGGAAAUUUUGAACUGAAAUUACACAAGGGGCUUCUGCACAUCAUCGGGGGAGUGUUUUCUCUGUAAAACAGCAGUCGGCUUCAUUGUGCUGCUGCUCCUUCCGAAAAACCUCAGCAGAGCAAGAUGCGAGCCUCCGUAUGUGCGUCGCGAGGUAUGCAGGCUGCAGUGAAAGAGUUAAGCUCAGGCCAGCUGAAGUGAGUCUGUGAGCGGAUUAAAAUAAUCACGAAGAUUAGGGUGAAGACCAAUAGGGGAAGGGUUUGAGCGAUAGGCAUGUUGAGUGUGCAGAGAGAAAUGGGUCACAUGGUGAAACAGUGAAAGCUUUAAGAUGGUGGACCCCCCCCCCCAACCAACCAACCACCCACCCCUUUCCUUUUCUAGUGUGGCAGUGCUCAGAAGACGGGAAGGGAUAAAGAAAACCAUUGCAGGCUGAUGUUUGGCGCACCAGCAGCGAUACAUUGGGGGGGGGGGCGCUUUGGACUUUGCAACUAGAUGGAGGGAUUGCCGGCUAUUCACAUCCUAUGAGGUCUGGUUUCUGCCUUAAGGGCAGCUUUGGAUUGAAAGGACUGCAAAAAGCCACCCUCUGGGUCUCUUUGUUCCAGCCUGCCAUCCCUAGCUCAUGUGGAGCUCUGACCCUCCACCUCCUCCUCCCCAUUGCUAACCAACUCCAAGGACCUCCCAACAACCUGUGCCAUUCAAAGUUGAAACCCUAAGCUCUGGUGGUUUCCUGGACAGGCCACCGGUGGCCUUUGUCCCCUGCUAAUGGCCCAUCCAGCUAGCUCUGCCUGAUCUGGCUUAGCUUGUUAGCAUAAGUAAAUCUAGGGGUGUUGCACGUUUGGCAAAAUUUAACCAAACCUUGAUUAAUUCUAGCCCUCCCCCUAACUCAUAACAUCAUUCCAGGUUCAAUCCCUGGCAUCUCCAGAUAUGUCUGAAAGAAGCAGGAUUGGGAGAGAAUUGUCAGUCAGUAGACUAGAACUUUCCAAACUGUGUCUCUCAACAUGUUAGUGUGCAGCUACAGUGUAGGUGUGUUGCGCGAACGCUCCCUGCGCUCCUCCCGGGACUGGAAAGGGGUCGGUUUCAGCAUCUUGGGCUUGCCGAUCAGAAGGCCAGCGGUUCGAAUCCCCGCAACGGGGUGAGCUCCCAUUGUUCUGUCCCAGCUUCUGCCAACCUAGCAGUUCAAAAGCACACCAGUGCAAGUAGAUGAAUAGGUGCUGCUGCGGCGGGAAGGUAAACAGCAUUUCCGUGUGCACUUGACACGGUGUCCCGUUGCACCAGAAGCAUUUGAGUCCUGCUGGCCACAUGAUCCAGAAAGCUGUGGACAAACGCCGACUCCCUUGGCCUGAAAGCAGAUGAGCGCCGCAACCCCAUAGUCGCCUUUGACUGGACUUAACAGUCCCGGGGUCCUUUACAUUUCCUCCCAUUUACUGUGUUGCUAAAUGAUGCAUGUCUAAAAAGUGUGUCACCAACGUGAAAAGUUUGGAAAGCUCUGCAGUGGACCAUUGGUCUUCAGCUGGUGGGUCACUGGUGUGUCCCAACAGCAGCACUGUAUCAUUUUUAAAAAUUAAGAAAUUGGUCCCCAAAUGCAUGCUCCGUCUGAUGGCGAGUCCUGCGUUUGGAAAAAAAAGGUGAACACUGGUGUAGACAGUCCUGAGCUACAUGGACCAAGAAUCUAACUGAAUAUAAAGCAGCUUCUUAACCCAUCUGGUGUAGUAGCUUUAGUCUCUCAUUUGCAGGGCAAUCCUAAUGAUGUUUACUCAGAAGUAAAUUUGACGGUGCUUACUCUCUAGUCAGGGUGAAUAGAGUUGUAUAUCUAUAUUGCUCAGUCCUGCUCGACCUGGAAGCUCACUAUUAAUAUUGAGUCAGCCACUGCAUCUCUGCUUACGUCUGCUAUGCAAGGAUGUUGCAGAGAUGAAGCAGACUGAAAGAAACCCCUGGACACCACUCUGAGUUCUUGGAGGAAGGGCAGAAUACUAAUAUCUGUUUAAGAACAAACCCAUCAUUUUUGCUUUUUCUGUAUCUGUAAUUAUUCUCUGUAUGGUUUUUAUUGUGUUAUAAAUCACUUUGGGACACCUCGUGGGAAGCUAUUCAUUAAAUAAAUAAAGACUGGUGCAGGUCAGUAUUUAUCGAGCAACACAAUACCCUUUUCAGGGGAACAAUUAAAGCAAAACAUCUCAUCUAGGCAUGGAGAGUGUGCUCCCUUGCUUUUUUUGUGGGAGUGGGUGAGAUUACUUCCUGAAGCGAGAAGAUCCUUGGCCUCAAAACUCAUUGGGCAAAUGCUCCCUGGAUUGUUUGUUUGUUUGUUUGCCCUUUUCUUUAAACCAGAGUGUCUCCGUGAGUCUUGAGGUGACAUACUUUGGGAAUGUGGGAGCAAUUUCGUAGAGAAGACCUAUUGCCCAUUAUAUGGAUGUUGGCUUCUUAGUCUUGCCCUGAUCUGUGGGGAAACUCAGUUCUUCAGGUUUAUUUGGCGCAGGUGUGCUUGAAAGGCCAGAGCUGGCCCCUGGUAACACAACUAGUGCUGUGUUCAGAAGAGGUGAAUUUGCCAGUGGUGGGCAGCUGCAGGAUGCUUCUGACAUCAUAAGUGCCAGAGAUUUAUCUAUCUAUCUCAUCAUCAUCAAUCUGUGUUGUUGUUUUUUUGAACAACGUAUAGUCUUCCACUCCAGUGUUUUGGGUACUGCAGAGCCCCCCAAUUCUUUUAAAAAUGUGUAUGCAAGACUGCUUGGGACUCUCUUUGGUGGGGAUGGGGGGCAUUUUUUAAGGAACUACCAAGUACAUCUUUUUACAUGCUGUCAUAUGUAAUUGAACGGCUUCUUUUAGUCUGGAAUGUACAAAUUUCAGCCUUAAAUGCUUUGACCUCCCUGCAGCUUUUCAUCCUGGCUGCGUGUCUAGAAAUCAGUUUUGAGAUGGAUGUUACCAAGCUGGCUAUAUCUUGACCUAAAAGAUGCCACCUAGUGUGAACUCAGGCAGCUGCAGGGGACCUAAACCCAGCCUCUAUGAGUGUGUUGUCUCCCCACCACACUGCUGCCACCGUCACUGUUAAACCACUCUUAAUCCUUGUUAUUUUUUUCCUAAUCCUCCGCUGCUUCCUUGCUCCCUGCUGCUUUGCCUGCAGGGCCUUUGUUCCCAACCAGGAGCUGGAGCUGAGUCCCAGGCAUGAGCAGGCCAAGCAACUGCUGCAGAGAGCUCGCAUGAAGGCCAGGACGAACCCGCUCCGAGCAAGCCAUAACAUCCUGCCUCAGGAAAGGAGGUAAGGCCAGUGAUUUAUCCUGCUCUGGGCCCGGGAGGCAGAUCAGGGAAGAGGGCAGGAAGGAAGGAUCUGUACUGCGUUUCCUGUCCAAAGCCCUCCAUUCCAGCUUUUGCAUUUCUUGCCUUUUCAUCUUUCACACUUGUAAACCGCCUGUGCUGUUCGCAUCUAUAGUUCUCCACUCCCAAAAUUCAAUACACUGCCAACCGUGUACCUGUCCGCUGUGCUUAUUGAAUACAUUUGUACCUAGUGCUAGGGGAUUUUCUGUCAGCCACCCCCCAUUGGGGGAACUAUAUUGUCUAUCUUACUUCAUCUCAUCAAGGUGUUAGCACGUACUGCCUAGUCUAAAACUGUGGUUGUAGUGAGGUGCUAUGCCAGCUAUCAAGGAAAGCACCCCAGGAAUUAUAAUGUGUGUUGAUUCUGGACCAGGAAAACAACAACAACGUAUGUGAUGAAAAACAUAACUUUCGAUUGAGAUGCAAACAUUUGAUGGAGUGAAAUCAUCGAUUCUAUUAAUUGCAGUCACACCAUUGAUAUGACUUUGUUGUUGUUGUUUAGUCGUUUAGUCAUGUCGGACUCUUCGUGACCCCAUGGACCAGAGCACGCCAGGCACUCCUGCCUUCCACUGCCUCCCGCAGUUUGGUCAAACUCAUGCUGGUAGCUUCAAGAACACUGUCCAACCAUCUCAUCCUCUGUCGUCCCCUUCUCCUUGUGCCCUCCAUCUUUCCCAACAUCAGGGUCUUUUCCAGUCUUCUCUUCUCAUGAGGUGGCCAAAGUAUUGGAGCCUCAGCUUCACGAUCUGAUUGAUAUGACUUAGGCAUCCAUAAUUUCCAAAACAGGGACUAGCUGGUUCCUGUACAGAAAUGUAGUCAUGAAUAUAAACGUAAGAACAUAUUAUAUGGCAAAUUCACUUGACCGAACUUUUUAGAAUAAGAUUUAGGGGGAAAACGAUGAGCACCGUUGUGACAGCUAAAAGGUCUUUCAGCAUAGGAGGGGAAACAUAACUUGACAUGGGUGUUUACAAAAUGUGUGGCAAGCUGCUGGAUCUCAUGGGAAACUGAAUUCCUGGCCACUGUGCUGUGAAACCGUUGUUUAAUGCUAAACAAACCAGUGUGCUGAUCUUUUGUUGUGCAACAGAUGAGGGUAUCGCUCACUCUCACAUGGCCAGCACACCAAAGAUUAUUGUAAGCGCUAGUGGAACACAUUCUCCAUCCCCUCUGCCAAGCACACUGGCAGCUUAUGCAGAGUUAUUGAAUCUGGAGGAUUAUGUUGAUUUUAUUUCAUGACAACAAGAGAGGCGCCAGGUAUAAGAUCUUUGCAUCAAGGCACACUUGUGGUGUUUGCUGAACAAUAUCAUACAUCAUCUCUAGAGUAAAACGAAAACAUAACCUCCACCAGCAAACUUUCCCCUGUCUCUUGCAUUGUUGCUCUAUAUUCUACCCUUCCUCCUAUGCUCUGCAGGAAAAGCACUUUUAAUAUAAAUAGCACAGGUGCUCCAGAUCCCAUAGAAAAUGAUCACAUGGAUCUAAGAAGCGUACGUGACUGCCAGCUGGGUGUCUUGGCCUAACUGAAAUCUGACUUGGAGAUGUAGCCACUCCUAAGACGAAGGCUUGCAUGUAAGGAGAGCACUUGAAGUUUUUCCUAUAGCUGUAGGGAGCUAGAAUAAAUCAAGGAGUCAGUGGGGGCCUGACAUCAGCAAGUCCUCUUUAAGAGCGCCAUCUGGUUACUUGUGCAGUUGCUGUGUGUUGAGCAUGAGUAGUAUCAUUGCUGAGUUAUCCAGUCCCGAGCCACCCUUGAUUUUAAAAGAGUAAAUCCAUCUUGCCGAUUUGCCGACACAUGCUUUUUUUGAGACUCUGAAUCAAUUGGCUUUGCACAAGCCUGUUGGUCAAUCUUAACCGGUUCCUUGGAUCUUCCCCUCAUUCAGUACACAUCCAUAACCUCUGAGCGGCCCUUCCUGCUAGAAUGAGAAUUCAGCCGCAGAGAGUAUUGGCACAGCAUUGGGAUCCUGGUGAAGGAGAUGCCAGGUUCCAUGUCCGUGUGAUUCUCACAAGGCAGUCAGGAUACAUGUAUCUUGCUGAAUGGAUCUUGGAAGAAAGGAGAUAAGUUUAGGCCAUUGUUUCUCAAACUUGGGUCCCCAGCAGUUGUUGGACUACAACUCCCAUAAUUCCUGACCACUGGUCCUGCUAACUAGGGAUGAUGGGAGUUGUAGUCCAACAGUUUGAGAAACACUGCAUGCAAGCAGAGAAGUUACAAGUACCACCUUGGUAAGCGUCCUGGGUGCUCAUUAAGCCAAGUGGUGCCUUCUGCCCAGCAUUUGGAGGCAGCUCAGUCGGAGGUAAGGAUGAUCAGUGUGAGCAGGCCCACAGUCUUACUCUGUCUGUUGUGUGCCUCAGGGAUGGCUGCGGGAUCUCUGCUGCAGACGCAAAGAACUUUGCUCUGAAGGAUGGAGACCCCCACGCCGGCGGCAACCUGAGCGACUCGUCCAGCGGGGAAUCCAGCAGCGAGCAGCAAAGGAAGCGAGGGCCGUCCCCGUCCCGAGUGCGUUUUGAAGAUGAGUCUGCGCGGGAUGCCGAAGUCCGCUACUUGGAGCGCCUGCAGCUGCGUCAGAAGCGGGUGUUGGAUUCCGUCCUCCUGUCUCUGGGCCGUGGCCCGCUGGUCUCCAAACCGGACCUUUCGGAUUACAUCAACGGUGAGCUUCACCACAAAGAGAGCGGCGGCGGCAGCAGCAAACCAGGCUGGGAACAGCAAGGCAGCAGAGGGCGCUCCGAGAAGAGGAAGCCUCUGGUGGUCAACGAGGAAGGCAAGUGCAGCGCUUGUGGGUCUUACGUCAGGAAUUUGGCUGCCAGUCAGAACCCAGAUACCGGAGCAAAGCAGACUGUAAAGAGCGUGCAUCAGUCUUGCAACAUCCCCCGAGAGACCAAGGAGCUAGUUCGGGCCAAUGAAAGCAAAGAGCUCAAUGCUAGCCAGGAGGACUCGCGAACCAGGGCUUUGGGUCCCAAAGGAACUCCUCUGUGGAUCCUUCCUUCCCGCCAGCGUGUUUACACAGAGCGCAUCAAGGAGACGUACAUAGGGGAAGUGACUUGCAUAGAUGAGGUGGAUUCUGCUCUGGACAGCACCACAGAUACAUCGGACAGCUACAGGACGGACAGCGAGGAGGCUGGUGCCAGCAGCCAACGGUCAGUGGUCAAAAGCUCCCGGCACGGUGGGCCUGGUCUGGAUCCCAGGCCAUUUUCCCCUUCAGAGGGGGAAGCCAAGAACAGGAAGGCCAACGGGGAGAGGCCCAGAGCAGAUGGCAGCUGCCGUGCUAGUGGAGGGGAAAUUGAAUCGAGUGCUAAUCAAGCCAACAACUGUUCCUUGAAGGGGGCCUCUGAAGUCAGAGAUCAGGUGACGAAAAUGGCAGCCGGUAAGGCAGAAGCCUUUCCCAGAAGCAACCAGCCAGUAGAUCUGUAUCAACUGGUGAAGAAAGGCAGGAUGCAGGAACAUCCAAAGCUGUCCAAGGCCACAUUAAAGCAAGCCGCACCCACCUCCCACCCUCAGCAGUUGCCUUCCCAUCUGGUCCCUGAUGGUGCCGCAGACUCCGUCAACAAGAAGCCGGUGGAAACUUCCAACCGAACUCGUAGGCCAACGAACAAUUUAAGUCAAGCCAAGCAAGAGCAGGGCCCUUCCCAGCAGCUAACUGAAGAGAUGAGUGCCGGCUACAACUUUGCUUACCGAAUUCCUGCCCCACCCACCACUGGAAAAGCCCAUCCUUCCCCUAUGCCUUACAGGAGGGCUGCUCUGAGCGGCAGCCACAAGCUCACUAGCCAGGAUCCUGGGCGGGUGGACCAAGCCAAUGAACUAUCAAUUUACUCGGCCUCCCCUAAUAGCUUCCAGAAUGUGUGUGUGUCUGGACAGGAGGAGGAGAGUGGCCAGCAGAGUCCAAAGAUGCUCUCCAAGAACCUGGCCUUGUCCACCAACAACUGCAACAACACAUAUGCCAAGCACGAGCCAAAAACCUUAGUGACUGCUACAGUGAAGAGCAGAGAGGAACAGCCCCAGGAGAGACAGAAGCUGGGGAAAAAUCAAGGUAAGAGGUAAUGUUGCCCAUUGGACAACUGUAGAGAGGGCAUCAUGGUAGGCCGUCCAGCAAGGCAGUUCAGAAUUUGUACUCUAGAUAAUUUGUGCAAGUCAGAUUGAUUUAUUCAGAGUUAUUGAACUUGCAUGGAUUUGCUUAUUUUGCAUGCCUGACCCUGACUGUGAAUACAGUAUUUAAGUUUUUCCGCAAAUUUUGAUUAAGGGUACCUUUAGGGUGGGUGAAAAGGAACCAAGAGCUAAGCAAAGGGGGGGGGGAGCAUCCUCCAUGAACUUCCUUUUAAAGCAACCUAAAUUUUGGUGGUCAUCACAGGAUCUUGCAGCAGCAAAUUUCGAGGUUUAAUAAGGUGGCAUGCGAAUAAGAAAAAAACCAUGGUGCCUUUGUGGGUAUUUCCUCUUGCUUUCCAAAUCUGCUGUUGCAACCAGGACUAGAAAGCCUAUUUUCAGGGGCAGGGAAUGUGGAGACGCCCAAGAUGCUGUCCCAAACUGGGCACCUGUGAAUUGCAGAAGAUCACCUGUUUUAGCGGACGAGGAAUGCAGAUGAAUUACCUGUUUCAGCAUUAAAACAUAGUUCCAGUUACCAAGCAGUUACAAAACACCUGAAUAGUAGUUAUGAUUUCUUUUAUAUGAAAAAGAGCCAAUAAACACCUUGGUUUCCAGGUGUCAGUUGGAAAUUUAAGUAGAUCUUAGCGUGCCUGAAAAGUUAGGUUUUUCUCAAAAAUUAGCAGGCUUUAAUUAAGUUUAGUCACAUGUCAUAUAACAGAGACAGUUUCUGGAAAACCCCAUUUUCCACUAGAUACAAAUUCCUCACAUCUUGAUUCAGAAUGGGCAUGCUUGUUCUUCCCUAGUUCUUUCAGAAAAUUCUCCAAAAACGCUUUUAGCAGGCUCAUUCUUUCCAAGUAAUUCCCUGCAGAUGUUUUUUGCUCCUCCAGAGGAGCUAAAUGAGCUCUAUUCAGCAGUCACAACCAAAUGGCGCACUGUAGUCGUGCUGUUGAUGUAGCUUGUGUAUCGUUUUUGUGGACAUCAUAGUUGCCAAACUGCAGCGAAGUGCCUGUUGCACAAAACUUCUGCUUCUACUGGAGAUGUGCUUUAGUCAGACCUUAGCAUGAGGGUGAUGGAAGGCACAAAGUUUGGUCGCUGAAAAUGCAAUCGUUCAGACUUCUCUUCAUGAUUCAGAACCUUACUUUCCCCCUGCUCCGUCUUUAACCCAUUUCUGCAAAACCUGUUUAUUUAACUUAAAAGGUUAAAAGCCAUUACGUCCUCACAAGCAAUUGCAUUUGGGGUGUAAGGAGUGAAGCAAAGAAUUCGCAGGGUUCUCAGCACCCUCACCAAACUACAGUUCUCUAGCUUUGGGGUGGUGCAUUGGGGAAGCGAUGGCAGUCAGAUAGUACAAAACCUAAGUGUGUAAGGGUAAGAUGUACCCUUAGAUUUCCAAAGCCGGAUUCCUACUCUAGCCUGGGCAGCAUCUGAUAUGAGAUGGGGUGGCGGGGAGAACCACAUUUCUUAAUAAAUAAGAAUAUGCCCAGGCACAUUAGCUGAUGGUGCAAGUCUGUUUUUUUAAAGCAGAGGCCAUUGGAAGUGUCUGUGUUGUUGCAACAGGUCCACUGUCUUCCUCCGCCCCUGGUGUUCCCCCUAUUGCUGCCAAUGCCAUCACUUCUGCUGCCAUUAGUCUCUCGCCAACAAGGGAGGAGACCAACUUGACAACCUCAGCUCAGCCAAUCUGUAGGGAAGCUCCAGCUGCUGAGGCUCCAAAGACAAAGCCAUCGAGUGCAGCCCAGUGGUGAGUAAACAUGCCCCGCCGCACAUUGCCAUGAAGCGAUGGGUUUGGGGGGCAGCCGUUAGAUCAAGCCUUCCUUUUCUAAAGUCAGGACCCGCAAGGGGCGUCUGGCGGCUUGUACCUCCGUUCCGGAAUUUCCCUUUUCUCCUGAUGGAGAACUAGUCACAGCUCAGAUCUGAUAGCAUAAGACCUUUCUUCAAACCGGUGAUGUGGCCAAACGGUGUUUCAUCAGUGCAUUGGGAGGGUUUUUCUUACUUUCCUUUAAGUUGCAAGAAAGGAGAUUCCAGUUCAGCCUCAGGAAGAACAUUCUGAUGGUAAGAACUGUUUGACAGUGUGAUGGUCUCCCUCGGGAUGUGGUGGACGCUCCUUCCUUGGAGGUUUUUAAGCAGAGGUUGGAUGGCCACCUGCCAUGGAUGAUUUAGUCGAGAUUCCUGCAUCACAGGGGGCUGGACCAGACGACACUCAAAGUCCCUUAAAAAAAAAGGUAAAGGACCCAUGACAGUUAAGUCCAGUCGUGAAUGACUCUGGGGUUGCAGCGCUCAUCUUGCUUUACUGGCCGAGGGAGCUGGCAUUUGUCCACAGACAGUUUUUCCGGGUCACGUGGCCCGCAUGACUAAGCCACUUCAGGCAAAACCAGAGCAGUGCAUGGAAACACCAUUUACCUUCCCGCCGGAGCGGUACCUAUUUGUCUACUUGCGCUGGUGUGCUUUCGAACUGCUAGGUUGGCAGGAGCUGGGACCAAGCAAUAGGAGCUCACCCCGUCGUGGGGAUUCGAACUACCGACCUCCUGAUCUGCAAGCCCUAGGCUCAGUGGUUUAGACCACAGCGCCACCCACGUGAGAGGGUCCCUUAAAGGUAAAGGUAAAGGGACCCCUGACCAGUAGGUCCAAUCGUGACCGACUCUGGGGUUACGGCGCUCAUCUCACUUUAUUGGCCGAGGGAGCUGGCGUACAGCUUCCGAGUCAUGUGGCCAGCAUGACUAAGCCGCUUCUGGCGAACCAGAGCAGCGCACGGAAACGCCGUUUACCUUCCCACCAGAGUGGUACCUAUUUAUCUACUUGCACUUUGACGUGCUUUCGAACUGCUAGGUUGGCAGGAGCUGGGACCGAGCAAUGGGAGCUCACCCCAUCGCGGGGAUUCGAACCGCCGACUUUCUGAUCAGCAAGCCCUAGGCUCUGUGGUUUAACCCACAGCGCCACCCGGUUCUUUGAAUAAAAUGCCAGCUCUUCCUCUCCUUCGGUGCUGCAACCUUUCCUUCAUCCAGAUGCAGCCAGGUCUGCAGGUGCCCUCUGCUCUCUCAGCCUGGGCUGUUCCCUCUCGCUGCCAGUUAGCACAGCGCUGUGGCGCUGCCAGCUGGCUCUAGACCUUGCCACUCUCCCUGCUGCUUUUGCCCUCUCACUCCCCACCCCCACCCCUCAAAUCCGCCUUGGCCUGCUUCUCCCUCCCUGCCAAAAUCUCCAGACAGCUGUUGCUAUGGUUACCUUUCUGAAUCAACGGAAAUUUAAGGCUUUUCCAUCUUACCCAGGGAUUAUAUCGGAAAUGCUGUAAUGGCGCACAGUAUUGUUUUCUCCAGUAGAAAGUUUUUAGAGAAGUCCAGUUUCAUACUAGCCAAAUUUAGCAGAGUAAACUGUUGCGCACAAUUCAGUUAAUGUUGUUAUCUAGUUAUUUGACAUGGUGAGUAAAGUAAUUGGAUCAUAUGCAAACUUCGUAUAGCGUUUGCUAGAAGCAUGGUGGUUUUUAAGUGACUGCCAUGGGUGCUUUCCUUCCCCUCGAUUUAAAACGUCAUUGCAUUGUGGAAUCGCAGAGUUGGAAGGGACCACGAGAGUCAUCUAGUCUAACCCCCUGCAAUGCAGGAAUCUUUUGCCCAACAUGGGACUUGAACACACAACCCUGAGGUUCUCCAGAAAAGGGGAGGUUAUGUCUGAUAAGUGAGGGGUGGGCAUCCCUACACAUGCCCACGCCCACACAAACAUGCACACACUGCCACCUGUCCUAAUGAUAGCUUAUUUUUGCUAGUCUGUAGGCUACAGCAGCCAGAUCUCAAAAUUCUGUAUGCAUUCUUGAAAGCCCCGGGUUUGGGCGCACCCUGAUAAGAAAACAGAAUCAUUGGCAGGAUAAAGCAGCUCAUUUUUCAGCCGCAGACAAAGUCAAUGGGGUACAGGAGAGGUAGAGGAAUUCUGAAGCAGGAAUGGGGAGAAGUAGGAGGAGCACAUAGAACAUGGAUUGGUAGGUUAUGGUGUCUCUCUGUCCUGGAUCUUGUGGACCUCCCUUAGGGUCUGUAAUAGGAUGCAUCCCUUCCGCUCCCUAGUUUCUGUGGCUCUUGGGCUUGGCAAUCAGAAGGUUGGAUGUUCAAAUCCCUGUGACGGAGUGAGCUCCUCUUGCUCUGUCCCAGCUCCUGCCAAUUAGCAGUUCGAAAGCAGGCCAGUGCAAGUAGAUAAAUAGGUACCACUGCGGUGGGAAGGUGAACGGCGUUUCCGUGCACUCUGGUUUCCAUCACGUUGUUCCAUUGCAGCAGAAGCGGUUUAGACCUGCUGGCCACAUGACCUAAAAAGCUGUCUGUGGACAAAUGCCAGUUACCUUGGCCUAAAAGCGAGAUGAGCGCCACAACCCCAUAGUUGCCUUUGACUGGACUUAACCAUUCAGGGGUCCUUUGUCUUUGCCUUACCUGUGGCUGCAUAUCCAUGUAAACUUUUUCACGAAGCUUAAAUAUGCGUUGUUGCAAUUUAUGCCAUGCUACUCUUGCCUCUUGUUUCCUUUCUCCUUUUCUCUCUUCCGUCUCUACUGUCAAAAUGACCACAAGCUUCUUGGGGUUCUCUCGUCCUUGCUUACCUAACCAUGUAAAGUUUCUUCCAUACUGAUUCGGCUAUAGAGAUAAUAGAGUCCUGUGGCCACAAUAAAUAAAAAAAUCCUUUCAUCAUCAUCAUCAUUUUUAAUUUGUAUACCGUCUUUCUAUUUUACAAUACUCAAGGUGGUUUACAAGCUGAAGAAACAAAAAUGUACAUCUUAUAACAAUCUAUUGCAAUACAAAAAUGUGAUAAUAAAACAUAACUUUAAAAUAGGCAACCUCCAUAAAAAAGUAACGUUCAACAAUCAUUAGAAUAGUAUUAAAUAAUAACAACAACAUAUAAAAGUUAAACAGAAAUCCACUCAACAGUUACAAUAAAUAACUUCUAAACUAUAAUCAGUAAAACAAUGGCAAGCCACAGUGCAUAAAAUAAUACAAAUUGAGAAGCAGAGACUAGAGGGUGGGCCAAGGCAGGUGGAAGGUGGUCUUGCCUGAUGAAGUCUCUCCCCUCACAGUUCUUCCUCCAGGACCAGCUCCCUUAUGAGGAGUCAGAAGGGAAGGCUUGAUACGGUUAUCUGGACAAAUGAGAUUUUCUGGUUAGCAUUCAAACACAGAAACGUUUGCCUUCAAACCAGCUUGCUUGCUUCUAGGCGCUGAGGAGUUUCCUCAGAAGUGAAUCUACACAUGAGGGGACCUAGGGGGUCUUUGUAAGUUGGCCCCCACCGAGGGCGCAGGCCCAGGGGAGCACAAAAAUCACGUCUCUCCACUCUGGCUCCGAGUGGCUAGGAGGGAACCUAGCAGAGGCAGACAGGCAGGCAGAGGGACGACAGAGGAGGAGGAGUUGGGGCAGGCAGAGCAGAGCAGACCCCGACACAGAGGAAGUCGCUGGCAGAGCACAAAAGGCGAUGAAAAACAAACCUUUUGAGUUUCUGGUCCAUAGUCCCUCCGGGCUUUGGAGGCUCUGAUACAGUUCCUUGCCUUGGGUGCAAGGGAGCCUAGGUAUGCCCCUGGUUCUACAGGAGGGGAUCCCCCAAGUUCAAAAUGCUUUUAUUCUCGCUUCUCAUGUUGCUUUCAUAAAGGCGCCCAUAACCACGUUUCACAAGGCGCACUUCCUCAUGCUUAGAAAUGGAAUGUGUGUGGCUGGUGUGGACGAGACGAGACACACAUACAGUUCAAAGGGAAUGCCGCUCCAAGUUUCUGAAGUUCAAUUUCGUUUUAAACUUGUUAACUCAUUAAGUGCAUCAUGCGGGCCUAACCGUUUGGCCAGAAUAAUACGCAGAAUGAGGAGCAAGCCAGGUGCAACGUUUUGCAUAAGCAAUUAAUAUGCAUUUACUUAAAAGAAAACAGAGGCUGCUGGGAAGCAAGCAAAAUUUGGACCACUGUAAGUUUGAAAGGUUUUUAAAAACCCUUUUCUCCCCGUCUCCCCUCCCCCUCUGCCCCCCCGCUGUUAGCCGUGGAAGAAAGAUACCAUUGGGACAGGUGAGGCAGCAUCUGUCAGGAGGUGGCUGUAUCUGACAGGGCCCGUCUUCUCAGAGGAAGACAGUAUUGCCUGGUGAAUUGAGGAUUGUGGGCGUUUGCCUGCUGCUAAGGCUUUGUUACGAAGGCCCCUUGCAUUUGAAGAAGGUCUCUGUAAAAGCCGUGAUUUCCUGUGGGUCUUUGUUGCGCAGAUUGAGAAAAACGGGUCUAGUAGACACAUGAGAGCCAAUGUGCCCAUUCAUUAUUACUAUUACUAUUUUAAAAGUAUGAGACUCCAUUCCGCCAGUCUUCAGCCACUUCAGGCUGUGUGUGCAUAUUGGCAUUUUGAAUGCUGAAAGAAAAACUGCUGUAUCUGGGCAUGAUAAUUUGCCUUAACUUUCUGCCGGAUGAACUUAGGGGGUUUGUUGUUGUUGUUUUAUGCUUUUAAAAUUGGAGAGCUCCUAAACCAGGGGACACAAUUUAAGGUUAGUGAGGAAGAGUGGGGAGAAUACAAGGGCAACCAGUGUUCAAAGACCUAUAUUUGGACAUGGACAUGUGGUUGGAAGGGCACGUGGCUAUGCACUGAGCAUACAUUUAAAACACAUGUGUCCCUCUCCCCCAAGGAAUCCUGGAAACUGUAGUUUUACACACACACCCCCCAGCUAUCAUUCCCAGCACCCUUAGCAAACUACAGUUCUCUGGAUUCUUUGGGGAGAGUGAGUGUGCUUUAAAUGUGCUUAGGGCGUGCACAGCCUAUCUUUAAGAGCACGUGUUCCAAUUCUCUUCUUUCAUAAGGUCAGUCUCCCACACUUUUUACCCAAAAGGAUUUAUGCCUUUGGCUUCACACCUAAUACCCUUUGUCCCAGUCAGUGUGCAGAUUGGUUGGCCGCAGAUAUAGGUGCUGUCAUCAUUGCGUGAGAAAUAAGAGAUGGGAUGGGAGAUAGACUGCAUCCCUUGCCCUCCUUCCGUGAUGGUCCUUGAUUCAGACAUGAAGACCCCUGCCUGCAGUCUCAAAUUGCAUGCAGGAAAAUACUAAUUUCAUGAAGCUGAGCAUCUAAGGGGGAAAGUCUGUGGUCACAGAGUGGCAUCAUUCCGUUCCUUGGCACCUCUGCAGCAAAAGCCCUGAAAGCCCUUCAGUUUUAGAAUGGAACUGCCGGAGGGAACUGCACUCUAGGCCUUUUGGUGGCCUUUGCUGUUUUUGUUUGUUCGAAGCCUUUGAAUGCCUUUUAAAACCUUCCCUCGUGUUUUAUUACUGUCGUUUGGUUAUUGUGAUCUCCGGCAAACGGAGCUGGGAGUUAUCCCUGACUCUUAAACUGGCCUGGCGGACUUCUUUUGCCUUCCAGCAAACCCCUGGAGAUCUACCCGGAGCCAAAGAAGAAACUGUUUGCCAAGAAAGGUGGCUCCUCUUCCUCCUCUGGACUGAAGAAGUUCUUCUCCGCUCUGAGUCAGAGCACCAAGCAGAGGCUGGGCAGGUUCCGCUGCUACAGCAUGGAGCAGAUUUGUGCCCCGGAGCCGGGAGCUGCUGCGCCCACUGAGGAGCCAGGCCCAGGCGCCACCAGCACACCCAAAAUGAAGAAAGCGCCUUCCCUGCAGUCCUUGCAGCUGGUGAGUCCAAAGGGUGCGUCUCAUGAUCAGAGGUCGGAUACCUUUUGGGGUGGGGUGUGUGUGUGUUGGAUCUUUGCCCGGUCCCACCCCUGCAGGCCAACUUUGAAAGGUUGGCGGGGCGAACCACCUGCACAGCCAAACGGCUUCAGCUCUCCCACCUAUCAGCUGAGGGCCUGGAGAGCUGAAGUUCACUUUGUACAGACAUUGGCUGCACAACUGAGUUCUUCCCUGUGGGAACUGCCAUGUGGAGCUGAUGCAGCAGGCUUUGGUUCUCCUGCCAAAGUCUGCUUUCCCUUAGGAGCGCCCUUAAAGGCUCCCCGUUGUGCAUCGGCAGGCUGUGUCUCUACCUGUGUGACCUCAGACGUGGAGAAGUGGAGGAAGGCCUUGAAGGCCAAAUUUGGCCUUCAGGUCAGAGGUUUCUCCACCCUUGUACUAGGUGGCUUAGAUCUGGGACUUCAAGAGACAGGAAAAACUCAGCCUACUUUAUGUAGGGCAGCGACUAUCAAAUUGUGUUCAGGGGUGACAUGGUGGGGAACCUCUCCUCAUAAGACGGUUUGCCCCUCUCCACUGAUUCCCUCCUCCCCCAUCUUGCAGAAAUUCUAGAGUCUCCAAGGCAGUUGGACAACUCCUCGUACGCGUCCUCCUGCCACCAAGCUGGUGCCAAACGUCUUGCUCUGCUUUCCUUUGGACCACAGCAGGAAGGCUGAGAGGGGAGACUUGUUGUCUGGUCAGCCCAGGACCUCCACAAACACUGCCCAGGCUUGCACCCUGCGGAGGUCCCUUCAGUCCUGCUAAUGCAGUAGUUUGACUUCACCCCCAGAGGCACACUCCAUUGUCUCUCAAGGCGGACUCAUGCCCACAACAACAGCCUUUAACCUUUUCAGGCCUGGGAAGCAUCUUUUAGCCUAAACGUGUGUUUAAGGUUUUUUAAACGUAUAUUUGUGCGGUCAUUGCGCUGCUGGCAAGGCCACCCUUAAGUCAGGCUGCGGCCCAGGAGUGGGGUUGCAACCCACCAGCUGAAGACCAGUGUUUGUAGUUAUUCUCUCAGUUCCCCAGUACAAUGGCGAAGCCCUAUAGUUCUGGCCAGAAUCCCACGUUGCACUGCCAUACAUGCCCUACCAUAGAAGCAGCCAAUUUGGUGCCCUCAGUAUGCCCUUAGGCUGCAGCUUCUUUGUAAAUUCCAGUGCAAACUGCUCCAUGCCUCCCGGACUACUGUGCAGAUUAAAAAGGAGUUAUAGCCACUGCCUUUCAUAUUGUCCAAACAUUCAGUCAGAUCCAACAUAUUUGGGAUUGGAAAUGACAAUUGUUAGGCUUUCUUUGCCCGGUGUCUGCUUUUUUUAAAAGUAGAAUCCCGGGGUUAGUUUUCUCAGCCCUUGCUCUGGCUCAGCUCUUUCAUUCUCCCGCUAGGUGUCGCCAUUCCGCCAACCAAGAAAAGCCUCUUCUGUUCAAAAUCUUCAUUCCUUACUGGGCAAGGCUGACCGGUCCAGUCUCUAUGUACUGGGGGAACCAAAGGAGGAGGAAGCUGCUCUAAACAGGUAACGCUGAAAAUCCUAAAUCUCCCAUUUUUGUCAUUUCUUCUGAAACACUGUGAAAGCAGAUUAUGCUAUGCCUGGUUAUUGCAACAUCUGGGAUGCCGUGUUUGACCUUACAACUCACUCACACUAGGCUGUAAGCGACACAUUACAUAUGCAAUAGUAUCAUUCAGAAUGGGAGCCAGCGGGUGGCCUUUUCGGCAAUAAACAUGGAAGAACAGACCCAAUCCUGCCCCUGAUCAUUGAUGAUAUAUGUUCUGAAGGAAAUUGGGCAUCUUAAAAUCUACCUGCCCUGUGGGUGAACCAGCCUAUUUCUGCUCCAUGUCACUUUUGCACAUGUUCUUUUUCAUCCACAUUAAAGGUAAAGGGACCCCUGACCAUUAGGGCCAGUCGUGGCUGACUCUGGGGUUGCGGUGCUCAUCUCGCUUUAUUGGCCGCGGGAGCUGGCGUACAGCUUCCGGGUCAUGUGGCCAGCAUGACUAAACCGCUUCUGGCAAACCAGAGCAAUGCGCGGAAACGCUGUUUACCUUCCCACUGGAGCGGUACCUAUUUAUCUACUUGCACUUUGACGUGCUUUCGAACUGCUAGGUUAGCAGGAGCAGGGACCGAGCAACGGGAGCUCACCCCGUUGCGGGGAUUCGAACCGCCGACCUUCUGAUCAGCAAGUCCUAGGCUCUGUGGUUUAACCCACCCGCGUCCUUAAUCACGUCCCUUCAUCCACAUUACUCUGCUGCUAAUUUUUAUUUUCAACAAAAUUCACAUUGGCUUGGUUUCAGUAUAACUGGCUGGAUGUUACGUGCUUGAGCAUUGGGUUUGUUUGUCGCCACCCUCUCCUUCCUUCCUUCCUUCCUUCCUUCCUUCCUUCCUUCCUUCCUUCUCCCGUGUUACUGCUAGGAAGCGAUCCGAAGUUUCGUUUCCAUUGUCAAACCUUAAAACUGUAGCUAAUUUUAACUAUGGUUUACAGAAACAAGCUUCGUAGGCUGCAGAAUGAAGUUGCUUCAUUUCCCUGUCACAUAAUUAGGACUAACCGUGGUUUGCCUAGUCGGCAGGUUAAAACUACAUAUAAUUUAACAGAAGCAAUAGCCACACUGGAGGAAGAGAGGGAAAGUUUGUGCACACAAUGCUAAGCCCACGUUUAGAGUUGUGUCCGAGUUGGGCCAUUUAAAUAUGCAUUUCCUGCUUGCACCAGUAUUCCUUCCUCUUCCCAGGAACGCAGGUGCCCCACAUCGCCGUUCCCUCAGCGUGGAGGACAUUGGCUCCCCCAACUUGGCGAGAACCGUCGGGCGAGUGGUGGAAGUUUUCCCAGACGGAACAAGCCAGCUGGAAUUGCAGCACCGCCCAGAGGGCAACUUCGGAUUUCGUGUCUCAUCAGGAAAUGGCCGUCCUGACACAGGUAUAUGUUCAGCGUAGAGCAGAGGUGCAGAACGUCAGGCCCUCUGUGCUUCUGUUCCUGGCACCUGAGCUUUUCCCAGGCCCCACCUUGCCCUGCCCCCCCCAGGUGUUUUUGUCUGGCUGGAGUGUGUCCUUGAACUCUGAUGUCAGGCACAGAAUGUCCAGAGUGAGGAAUUAGCUCUUUGUUGUCAACAGCAGACUUAUAAGUUAGGGAAAGGCAUGUCCAUCAGCCCUUCGUCUCUCAGCUACUCCUAGGUGUGCACCUGUUCCUGCUGGGAAGCAAAGACAGUUGAAAUACUCCCCAAACAUAAAGGCUUCAUCCCUGGUCUCCCAUAACUCCCAGUGCAUGCACUGUUUUGGGGUGCCCUGAUGCGCAAGAGUGCAGCGCAAGCAGAAAAGCAGAUUGUGGAACACUCCCUUGUUAUGUGAGAGUCCGACUCAGCCAUUUUUUUUAGGCUAAGCCUGUCACAAAGUGGGUCAGAUGGCGGGAAUAAUUGAACACAGAUGUUUCCACGUUCUUUUCCCAGGCAGGCUCCUGAGAAUGUUGCAAUAUUUGUGGACUAAGAUGACAAAUGUUUUUCCUGGCCUUAAGCACUCUGGCUCCAGGAAUUAAGUGUUUUCAUUGCACUGCCCUGGACUUCUCAGAUACCGUCCCCACGCUAAGAGGUUUCAGAUAUUAUUUGGGGUACAGCUGGUCCUGAUCAGUGUCAGUUCCUGGCUCCCACUUCUCCGGAAGCUCUUGUGUCAUUAAAGAGGUAAAACCUUUCUACAAUAUAUUUGGAGAAGAUUCUCCCCAGCCCUCAUCCCGUUCCUCCUAUCCAAAACUUUUUCUCUUGUGCACGCCUUUGGAAUUUGCUUCCUCUGCCCAGCUAUGAAAUACAUAUUAAGCAUAAACCAAAGCUGGAGAGGACUUGCUUGGUCAUAGAAUCCGGACUGUGUCACCCGUCCAUCUUUAUUCAGCACAUUGCAUGAAUUUUAGAGGGUGGGGAGGGUGCUGCAGAGUCCAGCCCCCUCCCUGAAUUUUCUCAGAGAAACUUGGAGAUAGAGGGAUAAAUGCUGGCCUCCCUAUGCCCCCAUCAUCACCACCAAACAUGGUGUGCCUGUUCACACUCUCGGUUUCUGUAUAUGGACUUGUUGGGGGGAUGAACUUAGAAUGCAUAAUCUAAGAGAUGCAAAAGGCACCUGCAAUUCCAGAAGGGAAGGGAGUGUUUGUAAGAGCAGAACCAGCAUGCUGGCUACACUUCACUUUGGUUUUGUACCUCGUUAGGAGGGAAAUAUGAGGAAUCUCCAACCACGUUUCCCCCCUAGUAAAUGCUAAUGUUGGCCUUUUGCAGGGGAGAGUCCUCUGCCUGCUGGUGCUGCUCUUACAAACACUCCCUUCCCUUCUGGAAUUGCAGGUACCUUUUCCAUCUCUUAGUGCAUCUGAAUAGUCCAAAAAGGGGUAAUUCUGAGUUUCUUCCAUUGCUUUUACUGUGCUUUUAUCAGCAGCCUUUCUGGGCAGGGAGAGGUUCCUUCUGCUGAUGCAUGCAGGACAACUUGCAGGAUUUUGUGGGACAACCACAAAGCCUACUAGCUGAUAGGGGCAUAAUCCAGGCACUCCUGCUAUGGCCCAUGGCCUAGUAGCAGUCUUUGAAGUAUGGCUACUCAGGGCUUUAUUCCACAGAAAUACCUGGAGAUACUGGGGGUUGGUCCAGGGACCUUAUGUAUUUAAUAAUUUAAUAAUUUAUUACGGCCGUAGGCCCAUACAGAUAAAAACAAGACAUAUAUAACAGCCUGUGCACAUGAGAAAAAAACAGCCGCUAAAACAAUACUAUAACAAUAAGCUACUAUAAGAUGGAAUGGCAUACUACGCCUUAAUUAGCUUGUGGUGCUCCUUGGCGACGCUUUUGGGUAAGGACAGCGACCAGGAACCUAGCCACUUUCAGGGUCGUAUGGGCAUCCUUAUCCUGCAAGAUUUGGGCAAGGUGGAAUUUUGGUGGAGUACCCUCUAAUUUCUGUAUGAUUGAUCCCAACAAGUUUGCCCGUGGCACCUUAAAUAAGGGGCAAGUGAACAUAAUGUGCUGAAGCGACUCCGGCAUCUCCUUAUCACAUUCGCACAUGGCGGAGGUUUGGCCCUUUGAGAAUCUAUGUCUCAGGACAUUGGAGGGAAAAACAUUAAACCUCGCUUUGGUGAAGGCCAGCCUAUGGGCAACAGUCGAAAGGGAGGAGAGGUAUGAUGGAACGCAAUAAGUUAAAGUGAUCCCAAUGUUCUGGGGCGAACAAACACCUCCCCCCAGCAUAUAAUUUUGCUGUAAAUCGAUGUCAUCCAGUCUUUGGCGGAUCAGUCUUUGAGCAGUGAUUUGAUCUAGUUUUAGGGAAUCUAAGGGAGAGAUUCCAUAGCUCAGGAGUUUGGCAUGAAUUCUACUGGUCCAAAGGCUGGGGAAUUCAUCUCGCCAUAAGCAUUGGGCAAGGUAAUGGUCUGGUAAUCUAUGCCACAAUGAUAACCAAUAAUUGAAGACUUGCUUCCACAGGCAGGUUUCUAAGGAUGCGAUCCUCAAUUCUAAACGCAUGGCUGCGUUGCUUACGCACAGGGGGAGCAUUAGGAGCCGACGUAGGAAUUGGUUUUGCAAAGUCUCAAGAGGAGCAAGGUCUGUCAUCACGACCCAGAGCGGGGCAGCAUAAGCAAGCACGGGAACCACUUUUGCCUUGAACACCUUUAGGGCCGAGGAACAUGCAAAGCUCCAUCCGAAAAGAAAAAUCGGAGGAGCGCAUAUGACAGAGUUUUGGCCUUAUUAAGUAGGUGUUGAAUAUGUGCUUUCCACCCCAAAUUGUAUUGAAAAAUAACUCCUAGGUAUUGAAAUUUUAGGACUUGCUCUAUUUUUGCUCCACCAAGCUUCCAUUCAUAUAAUCUCCGACUUCUGGCGAAAAUCAGAAUCUUAGAUUUAGCAUGAUUGAUGGUUAAUUGGUUGAGUUGACAAUACGUGGCAAAGAUCUUCAGAGCUCUGGUUAGUCCAACACGUGUAUAAGAUAGAAUUACCGCGUCGUCCGCAUAUAAAAGGAGUGGACAGCGGUAGUCCGCUAGUCUAGGCGCAUGUGUACUUGGAGAUGAGUUGACUAGGGGUGCUCGCAUGUCGCUAAUGAAUAGAUUGAAUAGGCAGGGGGCCAAUAUACAUCCUUGGCGCACUCCCUUGUUUAUUGGUAUCGAAUUUGUGAGGUCGCCCGCAGGAGUAAGUCUCACUCUGGCAAGGGUACCUUCGUGGAGCUGACUUAUAAGCCAUAAGAGCCUUCUAUCGAUGCCCUGUUUCGCAAGUUUCUCCCAAAGAAUAUUUCUAGGAACGCUGUCGAAGGCUGCCUUAAGAUCUAAGAAGGCAGCACACAGAUAGCCCCGGGAGGGAGGAGUACUUCCGUGCCAGAUGGUAAAGAACUAUCGCAUGAUCAGUUGUAGAGCGUUUAAUUCUGAACCCUGCUUGUUCGUGGCCAAUCUGGUUAGUCUCAUCUACCCAUCGCGAUAGUUUCGUCAGCAAAAAGCUGGCAUAAAUUUUCCCUAUGAUCGAAAGGAGGCUGAUGUUACGGUAAUUUUCCGGGGACCUUAUGUAUGCGAAGCAGAUAACCUACUGCUGAAGUACAGUCCUUCCAUCUAAGAUUUCCUGCUACUAAUCGUGUUUCUCCCAUAACUGUGGCCUCUUAUUUUCUUUAAUAUCGAAUUUAUAUAAGUGCAUUGUAGACACACCUCAGCAAGCCCCAUAACAGCCAGAAAUCAUUUUGGUCUCUUGGCAAGCAUGGGGCUGGAGCAGUUGCUGAGCUUGCCUGGCUUCUGACGGCGCUCUUUUCAGGAGCAUUGCUUGUGAAGCUGUUCCCCGGUUGAAAGAGCGUUUCGCAAGCCUCCGAGAUUGGAGGCUGACACUACGUGCUGACACAAAACCUCAGUGCCCAUGUAUACUUCUCAAGUGUUUUGGAGUGCAAUGGCAAAGGCAAUGAGAGAGCACGAUAGCUUGGAAGAUAGUGAAAAUAAAGCCUAUGUUUCCAGACACUUGAGAAUUUGGGCUGAGAACAGAUUCUUUGUGAAGAAAGAACCGCAGAAAUAAGAAACACCAUUCAAGCUGUCAGAUUAAACAUGCAUCAAUAUGGGCCUCAGUUUAGUCUGACCCUCGCAGUUCAGCAUUCUUAUCCGUGUUGUAAGAAUUCACUUCUACAUUGCCUUGUUCGUUACCCAGGUGAGGGGCCACCUUUUAAAGAAAUGACACAACCAAAGAAACUGUUUUCAAGUCCAGCAUCCGGAUUUAAGGACCCGGUGUUUAUUAUAGCUAUUGCAGUAGGGCAGAGUUCAACACACCAUGCCAGUUUAGAAGGUCUGCCCCAAGGCACUUCAGAACUAAAGCUUAUAUAGUUCUUCAAACGCAGCAAACAAAGGGUCAUAAAACAUCUUCACAUACGUCAGGAAAGGUUACAGGUCAUGAGAUAGAAAACACAUAUGGUGUCUUCCUGCCCCCCCCCCCACUUCCCCUGCUGUCACCUUGGGGGUGACCAGAAGUGCCUAGGCCUUUUGACCGUUUUAGGUCUCGGAUGUCCCACGUUACCCUGGCAACCUAGCCUUCAGUGGGAGGGAAGAGCAUCGUAAAAUCCUCUCCCACUCCUCUUCCUGGGUCUCAGAGAGCUUCAAGGAUGCUUAAUGCAUGUGAGUUUUAGCAUAGAUGGGAUUUGAGAUCUUUUUGCACUACGUAAAAAGACUGCCUUAAUGCAUCAGCAGUCCUUUCCAAAAGCAGGAGGGGGAGGCAGAGGACAUGUCAAGGCAGGAGUCUCACCACCAGCAACUUCCUUAGUUUAAGAAUUACUGCUCAGGUUCCACGGUGUCUCAUUCCCAAUCCAUCCUGAGCUGUCUGUGUGAAGAGAGACACGCGAGCAGACAUAGCGGAGGCAUUUCUGAAGGGCAUGUAGACACAUUCCUGAUGAGAGAUGCGAGGAGAGAGCUCAGCCGAGGAGCUACAACCCCUUGAUGCCUGUACGCAGUCCAGUUGGCGCACGGUGCUUCAGUGGAAACUUGGAAUUGGGGUUUCAGCACCUUGAUCCACUGCUGUUGGCAUCUCUUAUGCGCCGUGAUGUGCAGCCAGAUGGACACUGGAGUUUAAGGAACCUCCAGAUUGGCUGCCGCAAGGAGGAUUUACUAAAACAUUGUGUGCAGAGAAUCAUUCUUACAAGGGUAGCAGUUCAUCUUGCAUGUGCAUCGAUGAGCAGGUGUGCACAUGUCUCGCCAGGCUUCAGGCAGUCAGAAGAGCAAGAGCAGAAGAUCUGGCUAUCAGCCCAAGUGAGCCUGAAACAGGUGUGUAGUCAAAGCCAGGCAGGAGUCAAAAUCUAAGGGAGGGAGCAAAAUCCUCAAGCUCAGGAGCAAGCUCAAAGGGCCUUAUAGGACCUGGUGAGGCACGAUUGCUCAUUCGAGUUGGGUAGGCUGGUGCCGCAGUCUAGAUGGUACUCUUGAAACCCAGAGCUCAGUCUGCCAGUCUUGCCUUGGGAACAGACCACCGAUGGCACAGGAGGUAAGACGCAGGAUCCAAUUUGCUGGGGGUCUUGGGUUGAGAGAUGGCACAUGCCACAUGAACAGAAGCAGCUGGCCACUGUGCCUCUUCACUGAGUAGUAACAUCUUGCUUAGGAAUGUGACAUCAAGACUCUCCCAUCCCCAAAAUCUCCGGCUGGGGGGACCAUUUCAUAUGCUAAAACCAGGAUCCAUUGAGACCAAGAAAAGGAUGGAUUCCGUUGCUUUGGAACUGAAACCAGGAGACUAGAGCUGCCUGCAUGAAUAGCGCUGGUUGCUUUUUAAAGCUAUUUUCAUUUUGUUUUCCCGGCAGGCAUCUACGUCCAGGAGAUGGCAGAUGCCAGCACAGCUAAACUGUAUGCUGGACUCCUUGGAGUUGGGGACGAAAUCCUGGAGGUGAACGGUGCCAAGGUUGCUGGGCUGGGCCUGGCCCAGAUCAAUGAACUUCUCUUGUGGGCAGACACCCUCUCGGUUAGAGUGCUGAGGCAGAGGCCCGUCCGGCGGUAG